AUGAAGAUUGAGGCCAUAGUGGAUUGGCCAUUGCCCAAGGAUGUUUUGGCCUUGAGGGAUUUUUUGGGGCUAACCGGCAACUAUUGGCAGUUUGUGAGGAACUUUGGGCUUAUUGCUAAGCCACUUAUCUCCUUGUUGAAGAAAGAUAAUUUUGAGUGGACAAAAGAGGCAAGAGAAGCAUUUGAUGAGUUGAAGAGGACCAUGACCAUGACUCCCGUGUUAGCAUUGCCUAACUUUGAGAAGCCAUUUGAAGCGUACACGGAUGCAACUACUGAGUCCGAGGAGUCGGGGGUUGAAUGGAUUGUGAUCGAAAUUGUUUGUGUGAUUGUUGAUGAUGGGACUUAUUGGUUGUUGGAUUUUUAUCGUCUCUUAUUAUUACUUAAAUUCGGUACCGUAGUUUUUGAUGCAGAUGAUGUAGAGUUUAAGCCUGAGGAUGUAGCUCUACCGGAGGAGUGA